ACAAGGCUGUGUGUCUGCCUCACUCACCAUCCUCGCUCUGCACCAUGGGGAAGAACAGGCUGCCCGGUGGCCCCAGCAUCUUCCUCCUGCUCCUCUUCCUCCUCCCUGGAGACACCUUGCCCACCACUGAACCGCAGUACAUGGUGCUAGUGCCCUUUCUGAUCCACACCAACGUUCCUGAAAAGGUCUGUAUCCAGCUGACCCACCUGAAUGAGUCUGUGACGCUGAGCGCCACGCUGGAAUACGCAGGGGAGAACAGGAGCCUGAUCGCAGAAGUGGUGUCAGAGAAGGACGUGUUCAAGUGCAUCCCGUUCACUGUCCUAAAGUCCAGCAGCUCAUCAUCAGCGUUUCUCAGAGUGCUGGUGAAGGGGCCGACGCUGGAGUUCAGGAGCCGGAAAUCGGUGCUGGUCAAGAACUCAGAGAGCCUGGUCUUUGUCCAGACAGACAAACCCAUCUACAAACCGGGACAAACAGUUCUGUUUCGGAUCGUCUCUCUGGACGAAGACUUCCGUCCUCUGAAUGAGAAGUUUCCAUUGGUCUUCAUCAAGGACCCGCAGAAGAACCGCGUGUACCAGUGGCGAGAGGUGGAGUUAAACGUGGGUCUCACCCAGCUCUCCUUCUCCCUCACCUCCGAGCCCAUCCAAGGCACCUACAACGUGGUGGUGCAGAAGGAGUCGGGGACCAAACUUCAACACCCCUUUACUGUGGAGGAAUAUGUGCUGCCCAAGUACGAGGUGUCGGUGAAGCUGCCCAAGAAAAUCACCAUCCAGGACGAGGAGCUGAAAGUGGCCAUCUGUGGUCUAUACACCUAUGGGACCCCUGUCCCUGGCCUGGUCAAUGUCCAUGUGUGUCGGAGAUUCUCCCAGUCCAGGUCACGCUGCUAUGGAAGAGAGGCCGAGGCUGUGUGUGAGGAAUUCACCAGACAGGCGGACGUUCGAGGCUGUGUCUCCAAUGUGGUGAAGACUAAAAUAUUCCAGCUCAAGCGAAAGGGUUAUAAGAUGAAAAUUGAAGUGCAAGGCAAGAUCACAGAAGAGGGUACAGGGGUGGAGUUAACUGGGACAGGCUCCAGUGAGAUCACAGACACCAUGAGCAAAAUCAGCUUCGAGCAGGUGGACUCUCAUUACAAACCAGGGAUGCCCUUCUCUGGGCAGGUGAAGCUGGUGGAUGGGACCGAUGCUCCAAUGGCGAAUGAAACAAUCCGGAUUUCCAUAGGGGGAAACAAAUAUGAAGACAACUACACAACAAAUGAAGAGGGCCGAGUCUGGUUUUCCAUAGACACUGUCAACUUCACAGACACCUCCAUUCAAAUCAAUGCAAACCAUAAAUCUGAACUGAACUGUUACGACACAGACUGGGUCACCCCUGUGUAUGGUAAAGCCGCUCACACAGCAACACGCUUUUACUCCCCGAGUAAGAGCUUUCUCAAAAUCGAGCCUGUGUCUCACACUUUACACUGCGGCUCCAAUGAGAUGGUCUGGAUGCACUACAUCCUGAAGCCAGAGGCCGUGAGGGAGCAGAAGGAAAUCGUCUUUUACUAUGUGGUGAUGGCCAAGGGAGGCAUCGUGAGGGCAGGCACUGAGGUGCAUCCCGUGGGGGAUGGAGAACUUAUCCAGGUAUUUGAGCUGAGGCUGCCCGUGGGGCCUGAUAUCGCCCCCCUGGCCCGGGUACUCGUAUACACUACUUUACCCAGUGGAGAAGUUAUCGCCAGUUCCGAAGAUUUCAGGAUUAAAAACUGCUUUGCCAAUAAGGUCAACUUGAAUUUCUCACCGGCCGAGGGCCUCCCCGCCUCCGACACUCACCUCCGGGUCGGAGCCUCCCCGGGCUCCCUGUGCGCCGUCCGUGCUGUGGACAAGAGCGUCCUUCUCAUGAAGCCUGAAGCCGAGCUCUCGCCCAGCUCUGUGUAUGAUUUGCUCCCCGUGAAGGAGAUCAGGGGUUAUAAUUACCGAGAGCACCAUUUGGAGGAAGAAGACAAUAACCCUUGUGUGAAACUCAACAACAUCAUUUUAAAUGGAUUCAUCUAUGGACCUGUUUCUCCUGACGGUGAAGGGGACGCCUACAAUGUUCUCAAGGAGAUGGGUUUAAAGGUCUUCACCAGCAUGAAGGUCCAUAAACCCAGACUCUGCAUGGAGAAAAUGUACCGUGUACCUGGACCUGGACCAUAUGUACCUGUGGCAGCUGGUAUUGGCGAACGUAUGUCUGCGCCGAUGUAUGCACUCAGUUUGGAUGCAAUCGAUCAUGUGCCUCACAUCAUCGAUCAUGGCCCAUUGGAGACUGUCCGGAAGUAUUUCCCUGAGACGUGGAUUUGGGAUUUAGUUCCAGUGAAGUCUGUCGGAAGUGCUGAUUUGGCCGUGACCAUCCCCGACACCAUCACAGAAUGGAAAGCCAACGCGUUCUGCACUUCAAGUGACACUGGCUUUGGCCUGUCCCCGACCGUGUCCCUCAGAGCCUUCCAGCCCUUCUUCGUGGAACUCACUCUGCCCUACUCUGUGGUGCGCGGCGAGACCUUCACACUAAAGGCCACUGUCUUCAGCUACCUGACCCGCUGCAUCAAGGUCAGCAUCUCACUGGCUUCAUCUGAUGAUUUCCGGGCUACCCCUGUGGAGAAGGAAGAAGAAUCUUAUUGUCUCUGUGUGAACGGAUGGAAAACAGUGUCUUGGGCUGUGACCCCAAAAUCUCUGGGUAAUGUGAAUUUCUCAGUGAGUGCUGAAGCCCUGAAGACAGAACUGCCCUGUGGGAAUGAGGUAGUGGAGACCCCGGACAAAGGGCGGAAGGACACGGUGAUCAAACAGCUGUUAGUGGAGCCUGAAGGACUUGAGAAGGGAACGACCUACAACUUCCUGCUCUGUGCAGCUGGAAAGACAGCACCACAGCCAAUGUCCCUGAAGCUCCCAGAGAACGUGGUGCAGGGAUCAGCCAGAGCCUAUUUCUCAGUGCUGGGCGAUAUCCUGGGCACAGCCAUGCAGAACCUGCAGCAGCUUCUCCAGAUGCCCUUUGGAUGUGGGGAGCAGAACAUCGUCCUGUUUGCCCCCAACAUCUACGUCCUGGACUAUCUGAAUAAGACAGGGCAGCUGAGCGAGGAGACCAAAUCCAAGGCUAUUGGAUACUUAGUCAGCGCUUACCAGACACAGCUGAAGUACAAACACCAGGAUGGCUCCUACAGCACAUUUGGGCCACGUUAUGGGCAAUCAGGGAACAUCUGGCUGACAGCCUUCAUCCUCAAGUCCUUCGCGCAGGCCCGCUCUCACAUCUUCAUCGAGGAGAAGCACAUCCAGGAUGCCCUGGCCUGGCUUGCUGGCAAGCAGAAGGACAACGGCUGCUUCCGCAGCUCCGGGACGCUCCUGAACAAUGCCAUAAAGGGUGGGGUGGACGAUGAGGUCACGCUUUCUGCCUACAUCACCAUCGCGCUGCUGGAGAUUCCUCUGCCCAUCACUCACUCUGUGGUCCGUAAUGCUCUGUUCUGUCUGGAGACGGCAGCAGAGCAGGGAGGAAACCACGUGUACACCAGGGCGCUACUGGCCUACGCCUUUGCCUUGGCUGGGAAGGAGGAGAAGCGCAGGGCACUGCUGGACUCGCUUGACAAGGAAGCUGUGAAAGAGGAUGGCUCCAUUCACUGGCAGAGGCCCGGGAAGGAGCCGAAAGCCGAGCUCCCAUUCUACCAGCCCCGUGCUCCUUCUGCUGAGGUGGAGAUGACGUCCUAUGUGCUCCUCACUUACCUCACCACGCAGCCGGCACCAUCCCAAGAGGACCUGUCAAUAGCAACUCAAAUUGCAAAGUGGAUCAGCAAGCAGCAGAAUCCCAAUGGGGGCUUCUCCUCCACCCGGGACACAGUGGUGGCACUCCAGGCGCUGUCCCAAUAUGGAGUCUCCACCUAUGCCAAGAGCGGAGGAGCAUCCACAGUGACUCUGCAAUCCACAGGGAACUUCCAGUCCCAAUUCCAGGUGGAUCACACGAACCGUCAGCUGCUCCAGCGUAUUGCACUGCCAGAGGUGCCAGGGGACUACAGCAUGGGGGUGACAGGAGAAGGAUGUGUCUACGUGCAGACCAACCUGAGGUACAAUGUGCUCCCCAAGCUGGGCGAGGCACCGUUCGCGAUGGAGGUGCACACGGUCCCUGAGACAUGUGACAGCGCCAAGGCUCAAAGGACCUUUUACAUCGCCAUAAACAUCAGUUACACAGGGAAACGCCCGGUCUCCAACAUGGUCAUCGUUGAUGUUAAGAUGCUUUCAGGAUUCAUCCCUGUGAAGUCAUCAGUGAGGAAGCUGGAAGGACAUCAUCACAUCCAUCACACAGAACUGAGCACCAAUCACGUGCUGCUGUACAUGGAGCAGGUGAGCAAUGUGACUCAGAGCUUCUCCUUUGCAGUGGAGCAGGACUUCCCCGUACAGAGCCUGAAGCCGGCACUGGUGAAAGUCUAUGAUUACUAUGAGACAGAUGAAUUUGCCAUCGCUGAGUACAGCGCCCCCUGCAGCAAAGUGGGAGCUGAGCAGAGCAAUGUGUGAGGGAUGGAGUCGUGUUCCGAGCCUCCCGCGUCCCACCUGCUUAGCCCCUGCACAGGCUGAGGUGGAUGGAUGGAGCGACAGAGAGAAAA